AUGUUAACAAAAUUAAAGAAUAAUCAUGAUGAACCAUCAAUAACAACAGCAGCAGAUCAACAACUAGAACUGUAUAUCAAAUCUCGUACAGAAAAUUUGACAUCUAUUUGUCGUACAAUGGAAAUCGAUCAUGAAAAUUAUUUACAUGUUUUGGAUCAUUAUCGUGAUGAAUGUCAAAUAUUGAAAUUAUAUUCAAAUCGCCAAAUAAUGAUAUUAUUAAUUUUAUUAUCAUCAUCAUCAUACAAUGAAACAAAACGAUUGUUUCUCCAAAAUUUAUUUGAUAAAAAUUAUCAAUGGGAUACUCGUAAUCAAGAUUUAAUUCAACAAACAGUACAUCAGUUGACAAUCGAUUGUUUAGUUCAUUACCUUAAUUCCUUGAGAAUAAGUUUUGAUUCAUCUAUGAAAAAUUUAUCGCAACUUUUAGAAGAAAAUAGUUUAUAUAAUGGGGAUAGUAUUGAUGUUUGUUUGAAAAAAUUGUGCCAAUUUAUUAAUAAAAUAUUUUUCAGUGGUAAAAAGUUCCUUCCAUCAUCGACUACAUCAACAAUGAUGAAGAAAAAUAAUUCACAACGGAAAAUUACAACUACCACACAACAACGAGAAAAUCAACAGUAUUUAGUUAAAUUACCGACGAAGACAUCGAUAACAGGACAUGAUCUUGAUAUGAAUACAUUUUGUAUUGUAUUAACAAUUCUACACGAACAACUGCCAUCUUCAUAUCAAAUAUUAUGGGCUUCAUCGUGCACAGAAGAGGAUAUUCAAUUGUUUUUUUCACGAAUUCGUACUUAUACCGAAUCAAUAUUUAUUGUCAUGGAUAUCGACAAGAUGCAUCAUCGUCUACGAGAACUUUUAUUAAACGAACAAGCAUCGUUGACUGCCAUAACUGAUCAAGUGACUCACAGAGAAGUCUAUUAUUUUUCAAGAGAAUUAUCGUGCAGAAAGGGAAUGAAGCAAUGGAUAUGUACAACAAGAAAUGUGAGUGUAAAUACAGUUCGGGCAAACUUCGAACAUUUGAAUUAUACACCACCCGAAAUUCAUAUUAUUCUUGGAGUGGCUGGUAUUGGUAAGUUUUAG